GUCGUAACCUUGAUAAAAGCAUUGAAAGUCUCGACUUUAUGGAGGUCAGGAGGAGAAAUGUGGGGUUGUUAAAUGAGGGGAUAAAACCUGUAAUCUCUCAACGGAUACAUGAAUUAGAUAUUUUCCCAAAGCUACCGCCGGAAUGUAAAAAGUCGACAUGGGCUGGUGGUUUAGUCUCGAUUCUAACAUUCUGCUGCAUAUUUUGGCUGCUUCUAAUGGAAACUUGGCGUUUCAUUGAUCCUCCCGUGAGAUAUUCCUAUGAAGUGGACAAACAAAUCUCUGGGAAAGUUAAGGUUAAUGUUGACAUUGUUGUUGCUUCCUUAUGUGAUGCUAUUUCCAUGGAUGUGGUGGAUACUGUUGGAUCUUCACUAGUCGAUGAAGAAGAAAUUCAGUAUAUACCAGUUUCUUUCGAACUAAAUCCCUCCGAUCAAGUUAUAUUCAGGAACCGACAACUACUUGCUGGGAAUCUACGUUCAAGACAUCAUGCUAUCCAAGAUCGGUUGUGGAAGUAUAGUUUCAAAACAAAUCCCUUUCAAGACUUGGAUGUUGACAUGAUAAACAAGAAGGUUCCUGAUGGUAAAAAUCCUGAUGCUUGUCGAAUCAUUGGUACUUUAUACGUUAAAAAGGUUGAAGGAAAUAUCCAUAUAUUACUUGGAAAACCUCUAAGAGGACUUGGAAAUCUGCAUCUGCAUAUUGCACCACUCUCAAGUAAAGUGGCCCGAAAUUUCAGUCAUCGCAUAUAUCAUUUCUCUUUUGGUGAGCGUAGAAAAGCGCAAAUUUAUCCAUUGGAAGCGACAGAAUCAAUUACUGAUGUUUCUGCAACAUCAUAUCAGUAUUUCUUGACAAUGGUACCAACUCAUGUGAUUCAUCCAUUCGAAGUAAUGGAGACGUAUCAGUAUGCAGCAACUACACAGAACAGAACAAUCGAUCAUGCUCAUGAUAGUCAUGGUAUCCCUGGAAUAUUCUUCAUAUAUGAUACAUUCCCGUUAGUUGUGAAAGUCAUAUAUGAUCGUGAAUUAUUCGGUACAUUUCUUGCAAGACUUGCUGCUAUAGCUGGAGGAAUUUUUGCAACUGUCGCUUUUCUACGUGAAAUUCUAUCAAGUCUACCAGAUGCUCUACGUGAAACACGUUUUGGUCGUCAGUUGGAUUCAGCAUGGGCACGUAGAAAACGAAAUUUACACAGUAAACUAGUUGAAAUCCUACCGAAUGGUUUAGAAAAGACUGGCCUGUUGAAACCACCCACAGAGACUAUUUUAAAUCCUGACUCAGAUACUUAAUUUGAAUUGAUCUUUUUUUCCUUUCUUUCUUUCUUUUGCUGUUGUUCUCUUGACUAGUACCACCGCCACCUUCACCUACCGACUGCUGAUUUUUUUUAUUCUGUCCAUAUUGUUUACUUGUGCCUUAAGCCUUUCUGUGAUCUGCUGUGUGUUUGUAUGUGGAGAGAGAAAACAAGUGUUUCCAUGGUAUCGUCUUUUCUUUCUUGCCAUUAUUAUUAUUAUCAUCCUUAUUUAUAUAUUUAUUAUUGUGUACAGAUCUCCAUGACCUUGGUGGUUAUCUAUCGACUAAAUUUCUAAUCAUUCCGAUUGUUUCUUCAUUCUUUACUACCAUCCUGGAUUCUGAGUUGUUGUUUUUUUCUAAUAUAUUUUCACUUUCUAGAACACUUUUCUUAUUUAUUUAUUUUACUGACGUAUACUAUGUCCUCUUCUUGUCUUGUUCAUCGUUUUUCAUUCUGUACAUAUUAUUGUAAUAUUUCAGUUUAGCGUGGAUUAUAUACAUACAUAUUUGUGGAUCUCUGUGUGUAUCCGUUUUCUCUGGUGGGCCAAGUUAAACUUUAAGCACCAGUAACUACCAAUCAGCGAACGACGUCGAAUUAUCCAAUGAAAUUCACGUACGUUAGUUCAAUUUUGUAAAGCGCUUGAUUCAUUUCAAAUGCGUGCCUUAACAAGGUUACGGUUGCAAUUCAAGGAGGAUAGUGUUUACCAUAUUGCCUGGAUUUGUAGGGUUGCUCCGGAAGGAGAGAACUUGUUCGUGUGGUGGUGUCAUGACUUUAAAAGCUAUAGCAGGUCAACAGCAUCGUUGUGCAAUAUACUUGAAGCGAGUUAGCAUUAGAGAGUGUAAGCUAGUAAUUUUAAUAUUUCGUAGGAACUUUUUUUGCAAGGUCGCACCUCUCCUUGAUGCAAAUUUUGUAUAUCUGCAACUACUGGGUCUUGAAGCAGCCAGUGAGAGCCGCAGCUGCUGCUGAGAUGGAGAAUAGCCUCGUCUCAACAGUUCAAUGGUAUCAGCAUUGCAGACAUAUUGCUUCUUGGAAAAUGGAGAAAAUCAGUUCUUUGUUGGGUGGAGAAGAUGUUUUUGUGCACGUCGAUGAAACUAUGUUGGUGAAGAAGAAAUACAACCCUGGUCACCAGCGAGCGAACAAUAUUUGGGUAAUAGGUUUGUAUGGCACCUCCCUCCGAAAGGGAUUCGUCGAAGGGAUAGCAGACAGAAAAGCAACUACUCUUAUACUUAUUGUUACCAGAAUUGUUAAGCGGGGGUCAAUUAUACACACGGACGAGUGGAAAGGCUACAAUUCGCUGUCAUCUCUGGGAUAUAUUCAUCAUAGAGACAACCAUUCAAGUGAUUUUGUGGAUCCCGUUACGAGGACACAUACAAACUCUAAUGAAGGAUUUUGGGGCAGGUUGGAAAAUAGGAUAAGGGCUAUAAAUGGAUCUCAAAAGGAUCUCAUUUAUAGUCAUUUCGAUGAAUAUAUGUACAGAAUGUGGUG